GGCUCACAUCCUUUUAUGGUUUUCCCCCCUGUGAGGGGGUGUGAGGCACCUGGGCAUAAAAAACCCCUCAGAGUGGGGCACAUUCUCACCGGGAUCAUUUCACCGAGUCUCCACCGUUUGUCAUCUCGCUUCUUCAUCUUCAUCAUCACCAUCAUGCCCCUUAAAAAGAAGGAAGAACCGAAACCCGUCGCUCCCCCGAAACCCCCGGAGCCCGAACCUCCCAAGGAGCCCGAUUUUAACCCGGCUGAAGUGCAGCUUGAGUUCACUCCUGAGCAGAUUGAGGAUUUCAAGGACGCAUUCCAGCUUUUUGACCGAACGCCAACCAAUGAGAUGAAGAUCACCUUCGGCCAGUGUGGAGACGUUAUCAGAGCCCUGGGCCAAAACCCCACCAAUGCUGAGGUCAUGUAUGUGCUCGGAAAGCCCAAAGCUGAAGAAAUGAACGUGAAGAUGCUGGACUUUGAUCAGUUCCUGCCGAUGCACCAGCACAUCUGCAAGGCAAAAGGUCGCGGGACGUUUGAGGACUUCGUUGAGGGACUGAGAGUCUUUGAUAAGGAAGGAAACGGCACGGUGAUGGGCGCUGAGCUCCGACAUGUUCUCGCCACGCUGGGUGAGAAGAUGAAGGAGACCGAGGUGGAGCAGCUGAUGGCCGGUCAGGAAGAUGCUAAUGGAUGCAUCAACUAUGAGGCAUUUAUAAAGUACAUCAUGGCUGGCUGAGCAGGUUCAGGAAUGCCGACUGAGGAUGCAAAUUUCUCUUCUGUCCCUUUUCUGUUUUUCUUUCUUUUCUUUUUUAAUAAAACUCUUCACACCCUCUCUCCUCGUUCUGUCUUUCUCUUCCUUUUCUCCUCUCUCCAUCAAAUGUCAUCACUUCCUGUUAUGAGGAUGUUGUACGUCACAUCGGUGUUCAUUUUGUGGAUCAAAGAAAAAUAAGUAAAAUAAAAUUUUAUGCUUGAUUAAAA